UAAGUUGAACAGUGGAUUUGUUUAAAAGUUUUCUUUGUGGUCCUUCAGAGAGAAAUAAUUACAACUUCGAUUUUUUUAUAGACAUCAUGGCUCAAUGUGAUCAAUUGGAUGUGGAUAGACUGUUGGAAAGCGAUAAUUUAGUAUCUUAUAGAAAUCAAAAAGAAAGAACAGCAACCAUAAUGUUAUCUGCUUCUGUUGCAUCUUUAUCAUCUGUUUCGUUUGGUUAUGUUUCUUUUUUUUGGAUCGUGAAGGAUUGGCCAGAUGGCAGACAGUGGUAUUCAUCAUCUCCUAUUCUCUUUUUUAUUGCCGCAUCUAUUGGUUGUGUUUUUGCUGGAAUUUUAAUUGAUUUAAUUGGUAGAAAAUCAACUAUUCUAGUGAACUCAUUCAUCUAUCUUUUGGGUUAUAUAUUGGUUAUAAGAGGUUUUCAAGAUAAACCGCAGUUUUUAGAAUUGGCAACUACGUUUAGUUGUAUUUUUUGUGGUUUUGGAGCUGGAAUUACCUCACUUGUAGUACCUGUUUAUAUUACUGAAGUAUCAUCAGUCCGUUUACGCGGAGUAUUGGGUGCCAUAAAUCAUUAUGCAAUUAUUUUAGGAAUAUUUUUAUUUCGCAUGACGGCGAGUCUUUGGAGCGAUAAGUUUUGUAAUACUAUAGUUGGGUUAGUAGUGAUUGUACUAAGCUUUUUUAUGGUUCUUAUGCCAGAAACUCCGAGGUGGCUAAUUGCUCAUGAUAAACAAGAUAAAGCACUUAAAAACCAGCUUUGGCUUCUUGGUAUUAAAUCUGAUGCUGAAGAUGAAUGCAAUCAAGUUAAAAUAAAUUUAGCUCAGCAACAUAUUGCAUCUGUUAACGAUUUUCGUUCUCCCGGACUGUUUCGACCAUUAAUUAUUGGAAGUAUUUUGUUGUUUAGUCAUGAUUUAACUUUUAUUGCAUACAUUUUUUAUUUUUUGUCUUCAUAUCGGUUAUUUAAAACCAUUGCUGAUGUUGAAACUUGCGUUAUGGUGCAGUUGCCAGUUGUAUUAUUGGGAUGUUUUUUAGUUCACAGGGUUUCUCGCAGAAAGCUUCUAUUAUUUGGAAGUACUAUUUUGUUUUUAUCUUGCAUAGGGUUUUACGUUUUUGCUCAUCAUGAGUCUGUUGAAAAUAAAAUUUUGCUAGCCUACGUUAAUAUUUUUAAUAUAAUAUAUGGCAUUACAUGGGGACCGUUACCAUGGAUUAUAGUUUCGGAGAUAUUUCCGCCUCGCGCUCGCGGUCUUCUUGGUAGCAUACUUAAAUCGUUUAUUUGGCUGCUAAAUAUUCCUAUGAUACAUUUUUUUAACGAGUCUUUAGUUUAUAAAUUGGUCUUAUUUUGCGCUAUUGUAUUCUUUCUAAGUAUACUGUUUGUAUAUUAUUUUGUACCGGAAACGAAAAGGCUUACUUUAGAAGAAAUUGAACAUUACUAUAUUAUUUUUCGUGGCUUUCGAAAUUAUUUGCUCUAAAUAAUAAAAAAUAUUUUGUUUGCUAUCUAUUACCAUGGAAAUGUUAGUAGAAUUGCGCGAUUUUGAUUUUAUAUAAAGUCUAUUUUGUUACAUAAAGCUACAUAAGUGUGUUUUGUUUUUUUACUACUUGAACAGUAAAAGAAUGCUUGUAUGCUGUGUCCUUUAAAACAACUUUCAAGGAGAUGCACAAAAACUUUAAUUAAUUAUUAACAUAUUUAAUAUUAAAAAAAAAAUGUAAUAUUAUUUUGGGUGAUAAUUAUCAUGUUUUUAUAACGCCUAGUUUUUAAAUUUAAUUUUUUUAAAAAAAAAGUUUUUAAUCUAUUUUAUUUUUACAUCUUAGUUAAAAAUUGUUGUAGAUUGUAAUCGGAUUUAUACCUGUUAUAUAUUUUUAGAUUUUUUUACAUUUAAUGUAAACUUUCUAA